AUGAAAAUCGAAAGGGCAUGCAAUACUAUUAAUUCGAAUCGAUUUGAGCAUUUACUAACUGAGCGUCUAAGCAACGCAUUUGGUAGAGCUGUUCAUGUAAGCGGUGCAGCAGCAGCAGUAAGCCACCAGAAGAAAUUUAUUAGUUUAUCUGAUUUUGUAUCAAAUAUAAAUAUUAAUAAUUGUGUAACGACAGCUCUUCAAUCAUAA